AUGACGACCUCCAAGAAGCGCCGGGAUUUCAUGGCCGAGCCCAUGGGGGAGAAGCCCGUGGGGAGCCUGGCAGGCACCAGAGAAGUGCUGGGCAAGAAGCUUGAGGACAAGGGCUUCAACAAGGCCUAUGUGGUCCUGGGCCAGUUCCUGGUACUGAGAAAAGAUGGAGACCUAUUCUGGGAGUGGCUCAAAGACACCUGUGGGGCUAAUGCCACACAGUCUCGGGAUGGCUUUGACUGCCUUCAAGAAUGGUAUGAUGCCUUCUUGUGA